AUGAAUAUUGGAAACGUUCUUCUUGGCUUGUGCUUGUUUUUUGCUUCCAUAGCGCACAAAUCUCGCGUCGUAUGUUUUACAGUUACCUGUGAUUUUGAACUAAGUGAGUGCGGGUGGGAGCUAGAUUCAAUUUGGAAUAUUCAUCCAUCAGGUAGUACGCCAGAUACAGCGAGUUCUGGUCCAACUAUGGAUCAUACAACUGGAAAUGGAAAUUAUGCUCGUUUUAUCGCUCGUCUCCUCACUGCAUCUGAGCAAUUUGGUAUCAUGAAUAUCAGUACUUGUCUUGAAAAACCUACUACAUUCUCAUUUUGGUAUUUCAUGCAUGGUAGUCAAUUAGGAACACUAGGAUUAAUGGUCAAUGAUCAAACAUUAUGGGAAAAGACUGGUCGACAAGGUCUUCCAGCAUGGCAUCAAGCCAAUGUCACUUUACCUAUGGGCGCUGAUAUAAAUAUUAAAUUUGUUGCAAAUCGAACUGGCUCUGGUCGAUCAUCUGAUAUUGCAAUCGAUGAUAUUGUAUUACAAGGAGAAGCAAUAUCUAUCAGCACACGUACACCUCGGCCAAUCUCAACGACAACGCCUCGAACUCGAUACAAUGCAAGUUGUGAUUUUGAUGUCAAUAAAGAGUUAUGUGGAUGGAAAAGUGAUACAAACUAUGGUUGGAAAGUUAUUCGCCAGAGAGAAGUAAAUAGCUCUAUUGGGCCAUCAAGCGACUACAGUAGUAUUAUGAGAUCGAAUGUUGAUAAUAAGCUAUGUCAAAUUCCGUACGACGAGAAGGGUCCUCAAUAUUAUUGUAUAAUAAACCUCAAGCGUAAUCGAUGUAAAGGAAGUGAUAAUAAAUGGAUAGAUUGCCGUGAUGGAGGUUUUGUUCAAAUUCAAAGUGGUGAAUUCGAUCAGGCUGGCGAACGUUCACAGUUCGAUUCGCCAAUACUUGAUGCAUUAUCGGAUGAGGGUUGUGUUCAAUUCCAUUAUAAUAUAGCCGGUAGCGAUAAUGAUGAGUUAAAUGUCUAUGUGGAAGAUUAUUGGAGUGGUCGAAAAUCAUGUAUGUGGCAUAAAAAUGGACCAACUGUACCAAACCGAUGGAUACCAGCUGAAGCACCAUUAAAGUUAAAGAAAGAUGAAAAAUAUAAAAUUGUAUUUGAAGCGCGAAAAGGAACCACUGGUGGAACAGGUCUAGUUUCGCUUGAUCAUUUUAUUGUGUCAUCGAAAGCAUGUUCUGGUACAUAUCCAGCUGAAAAAUGCCCUGUAGAGGAAACGGUGACAACAGCCAGUACCAUGAUCAGCACAGAAGAUCUUGAAGCCAUAACAGUAACAGAUAGCUUAGAUACAGCAUCUACCCCGAUAACAGCGGAAAUUGUAUCUCGUACAACAGAAGUACAAUCUCUUACAACUAAAAUAGAAUCACCCACAACGGAAAUAAAACAUCUCACAACAGAAGCUCUAGAAUCAACAAUGAAUAUGUUACUAACAAUUGCUGGUGGUGAAGAACGAAAUAAACGAAUAAUUUGUCCGGGAACAGGAAGUCUUGAAUCAACCAUUGAUAUGUGGAUAAGUACUAAUAAUUAUGAAGAAGAAAAUAAACUAACGGAAUCAACCACGGCUGUGUUGGCAGCAACUACUAAUGAUAAAGAACUAAAUACGGCAACAACGUCUUCUACUAAUGGAAAUAGUUCACCAACGUUAGCUAUUAUUCUUGGUGUAUUAGGUGGGUUAAUUGCAAUUUCUGGUAUUGCUGCUUUGUCCAUUUGGCAUUCUGCAAUACUAUCUCGUCUUGGUAUCAAAAAACCUAGUCGCAUAGCAAACUCUCCAACUUAUAGCUCGGCAUCUGGUGGUUCUGUUGAUAUCAAUGGCAGAACGAGUGACACUUCUCAACUAAUAUGA